AUGCCAGCUGCUGAUCCGAAUGAGGAUCUAGGGUGCCCAUCAAGUCCGCUGUCUGAAGCCAAUAACACUUCUAGCUCAGCGGCACUCCAAAAAUUGAACGAAACAUGCUAUGAAGACCUCUGGGGCGAUUAUGAUGUUAAAAUACUCGAUCUCGAUAUAAACCACGAUGGCAAGGACGCUAUUUGCAAAGACAUAUCUCAGGAGUAUCUGAAGUGUCAGGGUGAAACCUGUGGUAAACGGGUGCUCAAGUCGGGUGGCGAAUGCCUAAGAUAUGCUUGGCAGGCUUCUAAACAGUUUAAAAAGGAGGCUAAACAGUCUCAAAAGGAUACUGAACAGCCUCAAAAGGACCCUGAACAGUCUGAAAACGAUACAUCCUCAAAUGAAGAGUCUCAAAAGGAUACUGAACAGCCUCAAAAGGACCCUGAACAGUCUGAAAACGAUACAUGUACUGAAAAGUCUGAAGAGGAUACUGAAGAGUCUCAAAAGGAUACUGAACAGCCUCAAAAGGACCCUGAACAGUCUGAAAACGAUACAUGUACUGAAAAGUCUGAAGAGGAUACUGAAGAGUCUCAAAAGGAUACUGAACAGCCUCAAAAGGACCCUGAACAGUCUGAAAACGAUACAUGUACUGAAGGGUCUGAAGAGGAUGCUGAACAGCCUCAAAAAGCUGCUGAAAAGUCUCCAGAAAAGUUUAUAGACUUUUUUUCAGAGUGUUUUCAAAAAGUCGUGAAUGGCCCGGCUGAAAUCGAGGCCGCCUUCUCUGCGGCAGUUGGAGUAUUUAAUUCCUGUCAGAAGAGCCGUACUAAGUGCGACUCUGAAUUGCGCAAAUCCGCAAACGUUUAUAUGGACUCUCAGAAUCCUGGCGAGGAUGGAAAUUGCCGCCGUCAUAUUUCGCAGUCUAUCCAGCCGUGUACUAUUUUCCUGUUUAACAACAAGCCACUUGACGGAUCAAUUGAAAAAGGCUUUCGGGAUUGUGUCAAUAACAGGGUUGAAACUAGCGCGAAGGAUAAGGAGUGCAGCGUGGAAGACCAAAACAUUGAAGGGUAA